CACUAAAAAAGCUCAUUCCACACUUGUGCAGCUUCAACGCGUUUCGUUUCUGAUUUCUCUUCUUUUUCUUGGACCUCUCUCCCACCCCCUUUGAAUAUUCCCUUUGUUUAAUUCCUCGUCUAUUUAUAGAAGGAAUAAUCUAAGAAAGAAGAUCUUGAUCUGCAACUUUCUCCCACACCCCAAAAGCAGAAUCGAAUUUCUCCGCUAAAAAAGAUGAAGAAAGUCGUACUGAAGUUGGAGUAUUUCGAUGAGAAAGUCAAGCAAAAGGCCAUGAAAAAAGUGUCUGGUCUUGAAGGAGUUGAAUCAAUUGCAAUAGACUCAAAGGAGAAGAAGUUAACAAUAACAGGAAACGUAGAUCCAGUUUCACUAGUUUCCAAAUUAAGGAAACUCUGUCACACUGAUAUCCUCUCUGUUGGACCAGCAAAAGAGCCAGAGAAGAAGAAGGACGAUGGCAAAAAAGAUGAGGGAGGCAAGAAAGAAGAAGGCAAAAAAGACGACGGAAAAAAAGGAGGAGAUGACAAAAAGGGAGGAGAUGACAAGAAGAAAGACGGGAAAGAUGAUUCCCAUCCAGUAAUGAAGGCUUUCCCAGCUCCUAUGUAUUACCAUUAUCAGCAACCUUAUCAACAUUAUCAGCCUCCUGUUCCUUCUUAUUAUCAUCAGCGAAGUGUCGAAGAGGAUCCUAAUUCCUGUGUUAUCUGCUGAGUUUUUCAUGUUAAGUCGUUAUAUCGAUUAUUGGAUUCAAUUCAUAUCUAUUACAGUACUAUAUAUUUCUGUGAGUUUUGAGAGAUUAUAGAGUAGUAAUUAAGAAACAAAUAUCUUGUACAAACCUUUUCUUUUCUUUACCCCUCUCUAACAUUUUUGUUGUGCUUCAAUAAUUUUGUUUGUUUAUUUUAAGUAAACGGACGGGCAUUUGGAUUUAUUAGAACAUCUUUAGUAAUAAAUCAGUGGGUGUGGAGCUCGAAAUUGAUGCACCUAUUGGAAUAUUUUGUUUGAUA